AUGCUUGCUGUGCCGAGCAGUUCAGCGUUUCAAUUUAUCUGUCAGCAGAAAAACGGCAACUACAAGUGCACCGUCUCCAACUACCAACCCAGCCUGGAAGGGACGUUCGUGUUUAACCACGUUCCAAAUGAAGCACAAAGUAUCGCAUUUAAAAAUCUCAUCAGUCCACCCAUUGUAGGCAGAUCGUUGUUCGGAAAUAUUCCAUCAUCCAUAUCAACGGUAGAGUUGCAUGAGUCCAGCUCCAUGCGAACUUUAAUUGUGCCUAAUGCAACGUCCAUUAAGGAGCUUAUCAUUGCAGAGCCGACACUCAGUCGCUUACAUUUCCUACCGAACGGUACACUCUCGAAGCUGUACAUCUUGAGAAGCAGCUUAGCCACUGUUCCACUAACGCUGAAAAACCUACCCAAGCUGUCCGUCCUCAAGCUAAGUCAAUCGCCCAUCGAACAGAUCGCCUUCGAAUCGUUCUGUAACUUAUCCGCUCUUACUAGUCUUAAUCUAAAGAACAACCUCAUCGCUAGCCUAACCUUCCAAGCUUCUAGUGCCACGUCCCAGUGCUAUGCAUCAUUGGCAAGAGUGUCUUUAAGCAGCAAUAAGCUUAAACAUGUAAAUAUGACUGUGUUCGCAGCCAUGCGUGAACUCGAAAUCAUCGAUCUGGAGUACAACCAAAUAGAGGUCGUUGCUGGUCGUCUUUCCAAUCCAAAGAUUACAACGGUCAUACUAUCCAACAACAAUCUGUUUACGAUCAAUAUGUGCGAAUGGAACACGAUGCUAUUGAUAAAAUCGUUUUCCUUGGCCGUGAACAGCUUGUCACAGAUUCCGCAAUGCUUGGGCCGUAUGCGAAGGGUACAGUUUCUAAACUUCAACCACAACAAGCUCACCCGCAUUACGAUCGAUUCGUUUGUGAUGCUAACUGAGCUGAGGUCGCUACAUUUUACCAAUACGCUGGACUUGAUGCAUAACAAAAUCCACACGAUCACCAGUACGCUUAGCGAUGGCCAACGGCGUCGCCUCUUCUUGCUGGAUCUGAGCAACAAUCAACUCCAAACCGUUAACCUCGAGGUUCUUGCUCCCAUCGGAUGGUUUGUGUAUGUGGACUUUUCGCACAACAAAAUCAACCUACUCGUUGGACGAUUUUCUGGCGAUGACAUGAGAAGCAUUAAGCUAUCCAAUAACCGUCUCAAAGUGCUUGACUUUUGUCAGUGGGAACCUGUGCCACGGUUUACUUUUAUAUAUUUUGGAUCGAAUGAGCUUUCCCACAUGCCCAACUGUCUUGAACGUUUCGCGACCCUUACCUACAUAGGCUUCCAAAGCAAUAAGCUCAAUAGUGUAAGCAUGGACGUGUUUGGCGCGAUGGACAACCUCACUACUUUGGAUCUAUCGUCGAAUGAGAUCUCCCGCAUAGCCUUCCACGAAGAUCGACAUCCCAAACGAUUGUCAAGGCUUAUUUUGAGCAAAAAUAAGGUGGAAUGUAGCCACGAUAAUGACAUGCCGUUCUGUCCGCUGGAAAUUGAAUUUAAAUCAAGAGACAAGAAUAGUGACUGGGAACGAAAUAACAACUCUUUACGAGAGCAGCUAACGAUCGUUACUUAA